CCGGGGGAAAGGAGCAAGGCUGACCGGGCGGUGAAGAGAACGAAAGCUCACCGCUUCAUUCAAAUUUCAAAAAAAAAAGAAGAAGAGGACCGUUGGGAUCCCCCCACGAGAGAAAGCGUGAGCAGAGCGUGAAGAAGGCCAGGGAGGAGCUCUCUCACUGAACUUAAUGAAACGGGAAACGAAAUUUUGAAGCUGAAUCCGUUUGAUUUCAAUAAAAGUUUCGGCAUGAGACGCCACGGGUUCCAGCUCCCUCUUCAUCACCUCCAGAUUGUUGGUGCGGUGAUGUUCACUUUCCUAGUUGCUGCCUUCUACGUGUUCCUUGGACCUUAUCUCGGUAACAAAGUUGCCGAAAGCAUAACGCUUUCGCUCUUCUCCUUCUCGGCUUUUUCCGUGGUGAUGUUAUACAUAAGGUGUACCUGGAUCGAUCCGUCCGAUAGAACGAGCAUCAGAAGAAGAAAGAGAGCGAAAUCUAAAGGGCUCUCUAAGUUCAGUUACAAGUUCAUUCUGUACCAGGUUGUCGCGAGGUUCUUCAGAAGGCUCGAACGUAAGAUCCUCAAGAGCUGCAUCAGGAGAAAGUAUUUGGAUCCCUGGAAUUCCGCUGCUAAAAUGGAGCCUCUUCUGCCUUUCCCUCUUGUUGACGUGGACGAUGCCGUCCCGCCUUAUAUGAAAGACGAGGAAAUUACAUUUUGCUCACUUUGCGACUUUGAGGUUAAAUUGCACAGCAAACAUUGUAAAACCUGUAAUCGGUGUGUUGAUGGGUUUGAUCAUCAUUGCAGGUGGUUAAACAACUGCAUUGGAAGAAAGAACUACACUACUUUCAUCCUUUUAAUGGUUUUCAUUUUGCUUAUGCUCACAAUGGAAUUUGGGACUGCAGUUGCCAUCUUUGUUCGCUGCUUUAGAGACAGCAAUGGAAUAUCACAAGAACUUGAAAAGAAACUCCACGCCAAGUUUCCUAAAGGGGUGCUUCCAUCAGUAGCAGUAUUACUAGCACUGUUGACAUUUUAUAGUUCUUUUGCACUCGGGCAGCUCUUCUUUUUUCAUGUGGUACUCAUUAGAAAGGGAAUGGGAACAUAUGAUUACAUCCUAGCGAUGAGAGAAGAGAGCCAACUACUGGAUCUUUCUGAUGACUCUGAUUCUGAUCUAUCUUCUGAUGAAAGCAUUGAUCUGGACUCGCCAGAUAAAUCGUCCUACUUCUCUCGAUUCUUUUGCAGAAGGCAAAACAUGGAUCAGACUACUAGAAGCCUAUCCUUAACACUUGUCAAAGACUCUACUCCCUCCGCCUCAGACAAGAAGCAUGAAGUCCGAAUCGACCCGUGGAAGUUAAUAAUGAUGAGCAAAGAGAAAGCAAUGGUGGCAGCAGAGAGAGCUAGGGAAAAAAUUAUGAGGCAGAAGUCACAACCGACACGCUCACCAUUAAAACCAUUGCCAUUGGAGACAAAGAGAGGACCCUCGACGAACCUGGAAGUCAAACGAGUUGCUGAGGUGACGCCAGUUGUUUCAAAUAGUGGGAGGUUCUCAAGUCCAAGGAGGAGGUUUUCUGGUUCUCCAUCACCAAGGCCUCAGAAGUACAGGAAUAACUUUGAUUUGAAGCUGAUUGAGGUAUCGAGGGAGCUCGAUACCUAUAUCUCUAAGCAGGUGUUAUGCUCUGCUUUGAAGAAGGGUGGAGAAAAUGAGGCUUCUCCGAGAUAGCUUUUUAAAUUAAAUCUAUAUAUUUCUUUUUCUGAUCUAAAUUCUCAGCCUCUGAGAAGGGUUGGGCUUCUUGUUGAUGUAUAUUCAGAGAUCCAGGUCUGUUUUUGUUAUGAUAUGGGUAUGUAGAUCAAGUGAUAGAACAUGAUUGAUUCACUAUAUGAAAGAAGACGCAGACCUUUAUCUUA